AUCAUAUUUUAUUCCAAAGUUUUAUGAUGCUGUAAGAUUAGAUAGAAUUUUUUUUUUAUUCUUUGGUUUCUCCUUUUUACAGCCUUUUCAUCUGUUUAUGCAUAUUCACAUUACAUCACAAACUCCAAUCUUGAAGUUCCAAUACAGUAGUAAAAAGAUCAAAUCAUGGAAAUCUUGAUCAAGAAAGUUCAUUUUCUAGUCUUUUUGAUCCUUUUUAUCAACUUUACCUUUGCAAGAACUUCUCAAGAAUCACAAAACUACUGUGGAAACAUAAAGAUUGAAGAGCCAUUUGUUUCACAAAGCUCAAAAAACAAAUCUUUCUUGAAGAACUUAGUCCUUUGUAGAUCAAAUAUUCUAUACUUCAAAACAUCUCUUGGCCUUUUCCAAGUUUCAUCAAUUGAUUACAACAACAAACUUUUAACUAUUUCUCAUAACUCUUGUUCAUCGUCAUCUAACUAUGUUUCUCCUAAAGAUUUAUCAUUAGGUUUUCCAAAUCCCCCUAUGCCUAACUCAUUACUCCUAUUCAACUGCUUAACUCCUUUGGGAAAUACAUCAACUUUUAAAAACUGUCCACACUUGAAAAAUGAAAAAGAUUCUUCAUUUACUUUAUGUAAUGGCCUAAACAAAAAAGGGUCUUUGUCAUUUUCUUGUUUGAUGGUUGAUGAUAUACAAGAUUUGGAAAAUGAAUUUCAUCCUAAUGAAUUGAAAUGUUCACAUUAUAGAAGAAUUUAUAAAAGCACUUGUGAUGAUCAAGAUGGGAAUAGUACUGCUGUGAAGUUUGAGUUUGGGACAAGGUUAUCUUGGGAAAUAGACCAUGUGCCAAAUCCUUGUGAUGAAUGUAGAAAGCCUCAUGGUAAUUGUGGUGUUGGAUUGAGAUGCCUCUGUCAUGUAACACAAUGCAAGGUAGAGGUUUCUGCUGGGGUAAUUAAGAGAUCAAGUGGUACUAUGCUCUUCUCUUUGCUUUUCUUGAUUGUUCUUUGGGAUCAUCUUGAAGGAGUAACUGGUAAAGUUGCUGUCAUAUGACUAGGAGGUCACGGGUUCAAGCCUUGGAAACAGCCUCCGGCAGUAAUGCAAGGUAAGGUUGCGUAUAAUACACCCUUGUAGUGGGGCUCUUCCCCGGGUCCUACACGUAGAGUGAGCUUUAGUGCAGUGGGCUAUCUUUUUUUUUGUUUAAGUUCUUCACUCUCUUGUGUAAAAGGAAAAUGUAUUUACUUGCUUGAUUUCAAAGAAUGAGAAUUUGUCAUUAAGACUAUCAAGAUGUAUUGCUAUGCAAAAGAAUGAGAAUUUGUCAUGAAGACUAUCUUUCAAGAUGUA